AGUCGGGUCACUAAGACACAGUGAAAUCGCUGCAGCAUGGCCUCUCGAGACUUCAGAGAUACUCAAUCGGCAUCAUGAGGCCCCUCACGUCGCGCCCACCCAUCAUCCGCAUCGCCAAUGGCACCUUCUACCGUCGUCACCCCAACACAGCCUCGUCGCACCCGAACCCGCCGCUGUUCAGCGACUUGAGCUUCGAGCUCGCCUCGGCGUCAUCCACGCCACGCAACUGGUGCAUCGUUGGGCCUUCGCUUUCUGGGAAGACCACCUUGCUGCAGGCGCUGAGGGGCCGUUUACUGUGCGAGCCGCCCUCCGCGAGGUCCUACCCGUACUUGUCUACGGAUGCCGUGCCGAAUCGUCUGAAAACGCCCACCAAGGCGAUUCAGUAUGUGGGCUUUGAUGCUGAACAGGGUGCAGGUGGCUUGGCUGGGAGCGCCGGCACAUCCGCGUAUCUGUCUGCGCGGUACGAGUCGAGACGGGAGAUCACGGACUUUUCGCUGCAAGACUUCCUUCUCGGCAACACGGAGCUGAACCCGCUUAGGACGGCACCUGAGGAUGAUGACGGCAGCAUCUCGCCACAGCUCUUCAACCGUGUGGUCAAGGACCUAAGGUUGGACCACCUCCUCGAGCUUCCGGUGUCCUUCCUGAGCAACGGCCAAGGCCGACGAGCCCGCAUUGCCCGAGCCUUGCUAACCAAACCUGAAGUGCUGCUCUUGGAUGAGCCCUUCAUGGGGCUGGAUCCUCCCACCGUGACGGGACUGAGCCCAUUGCUGCAGUCGCUUGCCGCGCAAGCUGGCCCGCGGCUCAUACUGAGUGCCCGUCCUCAGGACCCGGUCCCAGAGUGGGUGACUCAUCUGUUAUAUCUGAGGACAGACUGCCAGAUCGGCUCAAUGGGGCCCAAGGAAGAAGUCCUCGAUGGCUUAAAGAAGUACGUCCAAGGGGUGCGGAAUGGCGCACUAGCCGAGGAUCAGAAGCUUCCCAUUCACUCACUCGCCGACAUUGGCCGUGUCUUAGCUACAAGUGCGAAAGAUUCAAGUCAAACAGACAAGGGACAGACUUUCUACCGGGGCCUAGAGCCCGUUAAUCCUGAUGCUGAACCCCUCGUGGAAAUGGACGGAUGCAAGGUCCAGUACCGUGGCAAAAUCGCACUGGGAAAUUGGACGCAGCAGACUGCGGAUGGUCCCAAGGGUGGUUUGAUCUGGACGGUCCGACGCGGAGAGCGCUGGGGUGUCUUCGGUCCCAACGGAUCAGGGAAGACUACCAUUGUGUCCUUGCUCUGCUCAGAUCAUCCGCAGUCUUACUCUCUCCCUAUCAAGCUGUUUGGACGGUCUCGUCUACCAGAGCCCGGCUCCGGCGAGCGGCCGCUUACAUUCUGGGAUAUCCAGUCCCGUAUCGGUCACUCAAGCCCCGAAGUUCACCAACAUAUGCCCCGCCGCCUGACGGUGCGGCAGGUCAUCGAGAACGCGUGGUCAGAGACCUUUGGCGGUAUACCCAAGCUAGACGAUGGGGCGCGGGAGAAGGUUGAAGCUGCGCUCAAAUGGUUUGCUGCAGAACUGAACCCGGAGUACUCGUCGGCGUCCUCUCAUCAGAGCCUCGCCUGGGCGGAUGAGUACCUCUUUGGCGGCCUGUCUUUCAGUGCGCAGCGAGUCGCACUUUUCAUUCGGUCGAUGAUCAAGAGCCCCGAUGUGGUGGUGCUCGACGAGGCCUUUAGCGGCAUGGACGACGCGGUCCGUGACAAGUGUACUCUGUUCCUCAACGAAGGUGAAGCUAAAACAUACGAGAGCGAGGAUAUCGUGGAUAGCGAGGCAUCCCGCUCAGGAAACAUCAAGGUCCCUGGUCUGUCGGACCAGCAGGCGCUCAUUUGCAUCGCGCACAUCAAGGAGGAGGUGCCCAACAGCGUGAGGGAGUGGCUGUGCCUGCCGGAGGCGAAUACAGAACAACCGGCACGGUUUGGAAGACUCGACGGACCAUUAGCAGAAGAUGAGGCAAGAUGGCAACAGGUAUGGGGCUUUUAGACGGAGUGAUCUAUCGAGCUGGCGACCAACUAGAAUAGAAUCCGGUUAGAUGGGCGCAACUGCGCAAGUGAUGACACAAAAAGAAACAGAGGCAUCCUGCCAAACACAAGACGAUGGAUUCUUGACCUGCGCUCGUGAUUCUGCUCAAAUAUAUUGCCUACUCGCAAUAUUAUCCGUACCUACUGCUAUUUGCAUAUCGCUAC